AUGGCACUUACUUGGCUCUCUAUUCUCCACGCAGUGGCUGCGGUAUUCGCAAUCAUUGAGCUUGGCCUGACAGCAUAUGUCGCCAGCGCAUAUUCAGGAUGGUGGUAUAGCUAUUCGCCAGACCGAGUCAAUUUCAUGGUCUUCAACUCAGUCUGGACGCUUCUGGUGCUUGCAUAUGUCGGAGUUACGCCCAUCUACAUGACGAGUAUUUUCCACAAAUUGGCGGCACUGGUGCUAAAUGUUAUCACAACCAUCUUCUGGUUCGCCGGCUCCAUUGCCCUUGCCGUCUGGAUCGGAACCCCACGGAGCUGUGCUGCCAACUCUGUUUGCGGCUCCACGCAGGCUGCUGUCGCCUUCGGCUUCUUCCUUUGGGCUAUCUUCAUGGUCCUGACAAUUGUCGAUGCAUUGGAAUCGCUCCGCAGCCGUGGGCACAAUGCCCCCGCCACUGGCCCUGGAGCAAAGCCUGGAGUUUAA